UCCUUUUUCUGAUUUUGUCUGCUUUGUCCUUUAUUUGACUUCGACGAGAUUCGUAAAAAAGCAAUAUCGCCAUUAUGAAUAUAGGAUCGGUGGGUGAAGUAAAAUUCUUGCGAGAUGUGAGGAUGGAAACCAAAUCAGCUCGAAUUGUCGACGAGCUGCUGCUCAAAGACUUUGAACAGGGUCAGAAAAUGGCAGAGGUUUUUGAGGAGACCAGUUCAGAAGACACGCUUUCCUUGAGCAAGAAAGUAACCAAAUGGUCCGUUGGCCAAUUAAGGCCAACCACUGAAAAGGAUUUUAAAUAUAUACGGGAUUUGGCUAUUAAACAAUUGGAAAUUGAUAUACUACACAAGAUGGAACUUCUUUAUCGAUCUUUUGUCUGUAAGAAUACUAGACAUCUCAAGGAACCGUUGCCAUUCAAGGUAUUCAGCUGGUCGGCUAGGGAAUUCGAGCAGCGAAAUAAAGUUAACAGUAAUGCCGGGAUUGAUGUGCUAAUGAAGAAAGUGUCGAACGUUUGUUUGGAAGUACGAAAGUUGCAGGUGGACAUAGAAGAAUGUGUACGCAUAAUAACGACGCUGUUCGCCAGCGUACAGGCAGGAAAGCUUAUGGAGAAUGAAAUGUUAAAGGAUAUACAGAAACUGCUGACUAUAGAAAAUACCGUUGAGGAUGAGUUGGCUGAAAAUAAGGCGAAGUUGCAACAGCUGAUCAGCGAUUGGCUGCUGAAUAGGACUGCUAAAAAUAAAGAAAAGGCAAAUAAGGAAUAUCAGACGGAGAUUGAGAAACAGCUAAUGGAGGCUCAUGUGUUGGAUCCGAUUAAGAUACGCUACGAAAUAAACUACUAUCAAAUGAAUGCGACACAAGCUGAAUUGAAGGCUGAACGGGAAUUGAAAAAAUACACAGAUAAGAUCGAAGAAGUUCGGAGGGCAAUGCGGAGGGAAUCUUAUACCUCGCAGUGUUCCCUAAACUCGUACUAUUCGGACACUGAGAAAUAUAAAACUCGCUUGCUAGAAAUGACCAACAAAUACAAUAAGACAUAUGAUGAGUACGAGAAUCGCAACCAAUACAUGCGUACUACGAUGGAGACUAUACGCAAUCAGAGAAAAUUUUUGACGGAACAAAUUGAACGUUUUCAUGAGGAGAUCGAUCGAGUUCUAAAGCCGAAAGCGUUAGAGGAACCGGUAAUUCAAAGUGCGCCGGCACCCAAGAAAAAGAAGGGACAGAAAAGAAAGAAAAAAUCAUGAAGCAAUGAAGGCGG